AUGGAUGAAGCCCAUCUCUCGGAAGACGCGACUUGCAAGCGACAGGAGGGUCUGCCUUCCGGUGGGCGUCCCCCCCAGACUAAGCCGUGCGAGGGUCACCGCCCUGCCUCGGAAAACCACACUCGGGGUGUCUCGGAUCGAGCUAGUUCAGCGGCAGGGGACGCCCAAGGAGCGGCUGCACGUAAGGAGAGUUGCGGAAAUGCAGGCCCGGCCCUGGCUGUGGAUGGAGUGCAUGAAAACACCGUUGAGCAAAAAUGCGAUAAAGAGCAACGAUGCGCCACAGACCCUCCCCUUCCAGCUGGAGGAGACCCUCCAAAGUCCAGCAUUUCCGACAUUUUACAGCAUCACCUUUCCAAAGAGGAAUUUUUAAAAGGUGAUGGCAUCAACUGCGAAACUCUGCCAGAGGUCUCCAGUGCCGACAGUUCUGGCGAGGCUGUUGUUAAAAGCGUCCUUCUUCUGCCUUAUGUCCAGAGUUCUUGGCCAGAAGAACAGGCCCCAGAGCCCACCGGCCAACUCGGCCCCGAGAGGGGUGACGAGAGGGGUGACGAGAGGGGUGACGAGAGCGGCGCUAAGCCGAGCCAUUCUCCAGCUGCCGCAGGAGCAACCGCCUCUGAGCUGGGAGAGCCAGCGGCCGCUGGAGACGGCAGCCGUCCGGAAAGUUCCAACUUUCUAACCGAAGCCAAGAGUCCAAGCCACAAACAAGAAGGUGGCCGCGGGCAGACACCCCGGUAUCAGGAGACUGAAAAGGCAGGGUCAGGCCUUGGGUUCCAGGGGGACGGAGUCCAUCGCCAGUUCUCUGAUUUCUACAGUGUCGCUCCCACCGGGAAAAUCCCUGAAAACAACGUAACCGAUGAACCGCUUCCAAUGGAUACACAAGACCCCUCUUCUCACGAUCUGAGAGACAGGUUAGCUCUUGUGCGAGACAUUUUAGAAAGCCUGUCUGGGUCGAAUCGCGUUGAGGAAGAGGAGCAUGGAAGGAAAGCGCCUGACCCUCCCCGAGAGACAGAGGUAAGUGACAGUCAUGAGAACCCCAGGGGUGCCCAGUUCUCAACACCCGGGGUCAGCGGGAGCAGGAUGCCCGUUGGGCUCCUCUCCCGCCGGCACCGGGCGUUGAAGUCAGGUGUCCGGCUCUUCUCCAGCCCUUCCAGUUCCGGCGGGAGAGCUGGACUCCGGGGGUUCCACAGCCACCAUAACGGAGGUAUUCAUGACCCCCCGAGUCUGCCGAGACGUGUCCUUUCUCACACAGGAACAGGCUCCGAGACCGGUCUCUUUACACUGACACCGGCCUCUCGGAAAAACCCUCCCGCCAGCUCUUCUUACAUCUUCCAAAAGAUAUCCCACGGGAAAAAGAUGUGCCAGAAGCUGAGGGAGCAGGCCGACCGACUGAGGAGUAAAGUGCAGGAAUUCUCCAAGAGCAUGGCGCGGGACUCCCCCCGUCACGUGCGGGACGAGAGGCUGGCCCUGGAGAAACUGCAGGGACAUCUCACAUUGCUGGAGCAGGAGCUCGUGGCCAACAAGGAGAAGCACCUGACUUGGAAGCAGCAAGCCCGCAAGCAUGACCCCCCAGCCGUCGGUGACUCUGACCCAGAAAGAAAGGCGGAGGAUGCAAUGUUCAGGUUGGAGAUGCUGCUUGAGGAGGCGAAAGAGAAGAGGGACAAAGACGAAAGCACUCCGGCGAGCCCUCCUCCCGCGAGCUCCCCCGCCGCCCCGGCUCCCUUGCUGCCCCCGUCCUCUCCACGCUCAGACGAGGCAGGACUCUUCGCUUGGUCUGUGAGCCCAGAGCACCGUGGCUCCUUUGUCCUGGGGCCGCUGUGCCUGUCUCUGUGUCCCGAACAUCUGACCGAGUGCCUGGUACAGAGAGAGCAGAUGCUCAGCACGGUAACCGCUGAGCUCCUGCCUGCGCUCCGCAAGCAGCUCCCCAGGUCCCCGGCAGGUUACCCUGCAGUCGGGGGCCUGAAUUGGCCUCAAGGUGGCCCCGACACAGAACGGAGCUGCUGCUCGGCUCCUGGCACCGGACUGCGGGGCCAUAGAUGCGAGACCUGCGGCACUGAGGUCCCGAACUCCCCCAGGGGCUGCCAGAAAGAACCGCUCCGAGAAUUUCAUUACAGAUACAACACGCCGGGACAGAAUUACUCAAAUCACGAAGGAGGCAGUGCCUUUGUCCAGCUCCGCUUUUUAAAUGAAAAUAAAAAUUCAUCACCUUCUUGUUCAAAACCAAACUGGAUCUAUUCUGAGAGCGCAGAUUCAAAACCUUCUCAAGAUGAACAUGAGCCCGUACCACAAAAAAUAGGCAGGGUAGAAGGUUGCCCGCAAAACAAUAAAAAUGGCAUAAAAUCUCUUCGUGGAGUUUUGCCUCUUUCUGUGUUAACACAAGAGGAGACGGAUGCCAGGCAGAGACGCCCUUCGCGGCCGUGGGAACCCCCUUCUGAAGCUCAGCUGCGGUCAGCCCCGAAGGGACCACGAGAGCCACAGCGGGCACAGCGUGCCCAGCUCCCCUCCACCCACGUGCACUCACAGGGCACACCGCGCCACAGGGCGGAGGGAGCUUCACACAGGGCUGCUUUUUUCCCUUCCAGAAACAAUCUUACAGCUUCCAUGGCCUACGGUUCAGCCCUGGCUUCAUCCUCGCCCCAUUUCCACUCCCUCGGGAUUGCUGGAAGCAAAUCUUCAGGCAACCUGAGCUGUAUCGAAGAAACACAAUCUGAGGGUUUAAACUCCUCUUUGGAUAACGCCCUCAGGACAGCGAUCGUUUUGAAAGAAACUACUGACAGGAUGAUUAGAACUAUUGCAGAAGAUCUCGCCAAAGUGCAGAGAUGGAGGAAUCGACUGAAAUACUAGCCUGACGCAAGGCGA